GACUCGCAGCUCCGCCGGGUCUGUGGACAGCAACUCUCUCAUGUUCACAACUUUCACGAGAGAACGAGCAGAGAGGACUAAAGCCGGAAACAGCGAGUUUGGCGAAGGACUGGACGCUCCAGAGCAGCAUGGACUCUAAGCGGCAGAGUGUCGUGAUGGAGCGACUGGUGACAGAGCUGAGCUCUCUGCUGAAGCUGCUGGACCACGAGACCGUCAGUCCCGCCACCGCUGAAAAAAUGGCCUCCAUACGUAACAUCCUGGAGUCACUGCAGCUGUCAGUCAAUGGAUCAGAUGUCUACAUGAACAGCUGUCUCUACGGCAACGGCACCAGUUUUGUAGAGUCCCUGUUUGAGGAUUUUGACUGUGAUUUGCACAUGCUCAGUGCAUCUCCACUGGACCAGAAAGAGCACAUCGAUGAAGAGGAGAAGCCUCAGCGCAAUAAAUCUACGCCGACUGACACCCCCCCACCUCUGCCCACCACCCCGCUUCCUGAUGACUACUAUGAAGAGGCGGUUCCUCUGGAUCCCGGAUCCACGACGCAGUACUUCACCACCACUUCUAGGAACUCCGUGGAGGACGCCUACUAUGAAGACGCCGACAAUAACUACCCCACCACCAGACUCAACGGGCCUCCCAAAAACUCCUAUAAUGACUCGGACGCUCUGAGCAGCUCCUACGAAUCAUACGAGGAGGAGGAUGAGGAGGCCAAGGGGCGGGAUCCCCCUCAGAGGUGGACGGCAGAGGAGAGCCCGGACGGGCCGGUCAGAGACUGCCGCAUCUGCGCCUUCCUGCUGAGGAAGAAACGCUUUGGCCAGUGGGCCAAACAACUGGUCGUCGUCCGUGACAGUAAACUGCAGUGUUAUAAGAGCAUCAAAGAGACUUCUCCCCACACGGAGCUGCCGCUGAAUCUCUGCAACGUCAUCUACGUCCCGAAGGAAGGCCGCAAAAAGAGACACGAGCUGCGCUUCUCGCUGCCCGGAGGCGAAGCUCUGGUCCUGGCAGUUCAGAGCAAAGAACAGGCCCAGCGCUGGCUCAAGGUGAUCCACGACGUUGGCAGCCAGUGCAGCAGCAGCGAAUUGCUGGAGGGUUCCACUUCUCCCAUUAUACAGAGGAAGCUGGAGCUCGACAAGGUGCUGCAGUCCGACAGACAGGCGUCAGACUCGGACAGCGGGCCAACGGCCGAGAGUCAGUCCACCGCGCACGGAGCGGGGCGAGACGCCACAGACACACUCAACAGAGGGAAGCGCGGCGCCUUCUCAGAGCUGACCGGGUCCAUGAGCCGAGCGGCAGGGAAGAAGAUCAAUCGAAUCAUUACCUUCUCCAAACGGAAGCCCCCCUUACCGGGAGAGUUGCCCUCGUCGUCAGGCCACCACGACAACCCCCGCUGCGGAUACCUCAGUGUGUGUCUCAGCGGGUCUUGGAAGGAGCGCUGGUGCGUGGUUCGAGGUGGAAGCCUGCAUUUGCAGAAGGACCCCGGGGACCAGCGUCCUCCAGUCAUUGUGGUGCCGCUCAAAGGGGCGGAGGUGAUGCCAGGAGGCCUCGGACCCAAACAUCCCUUCUCCUUCCGCAUCCUGCAGGGAAGCAGCGAACUCGCAGCCUUAGAGGCCAGCUGCUCCGAGGAUCUUGGCCGCUGGCUGGGUGUUUUGUUUGCAGAGACCGGCAGCGCCACUCUCCCAGAAGAGCUGCACUAUGACUACAUCGACGUGGACACCCUCACCGACAUACGGCACGCCGCCAGACACUCCUUCAUAUGGGCGACCAGCACUGCGGCGUCCUCCAGCAGCGCCUCAAUAGACUCCAGGAUGUAUGAUGAGGUCUAUGAAAGCAUUGAGGAUUGUGAGAUGGAGAGCAGACCCGGACAGGUGAGGCGACACGCCUCCUUCUCCAGCAGGGACUCUGAAAAAACCGAGCAACAGGCCGCCGUCAAGAGACACGCCUCCAAUGUGAAUCAGUACGGCCGAUACGGAAAGACGCGUGCAGAGGAGGACGCCAGGAGGUACCUGAGACAGAAGGAGGAGCUGGAGAAGCAAAAGGAGGAACUCAGGAAUGAGCUGAUCGCCCUCCGCAGGGAGAAGAAGGAGGUGAAGAGUAGCACAGGUCAUGGGGUGGAAAAGCGGCUCGCCGAGCUGGAGUCGCUGUGUAAACAGAAGGAGGAGGAGAGAGUGGAGCUGGAGCUCAAACUGACAGAAGUCAAGGAGAACCUGAAGAAGUCCCUGGCCCGAGGAGCGCUGGGUCCUCCCACUGACACCAAGAUCAGCGUCAAGGCACAAGGCAGCAAGGUUGAAAAGGUGUACAACGAGACCCUGCCUGUUAACUCAGCGGCCGAGCUCCGUAAGCGUCCCCCGUCGCUUUACGCCUCCUCCAAGGGGAACGUCAUGCAGAAGGCAAAGGAGUGGGAGUCAAAGAAGGGGACCUAGACUGAACGUGAGAAGAAUGACAGAUGGAUUCACCAAGAGGAAAAAAAAAAAAGAACCCUAGCUGUGACUGAAGGAUGUGUAAAAGAAGAAUGUAAGAAGAGCAGAGUAACAGGCACUGAGGAGAAGAG